CACAUUUACGCAAACAGCAACGGCACCAUGGCCCCUUCUCCCGACCUGAUGCUCAGCAUCGAAGACAUCAAGAUAGCUGGGUCGAAGAAGCUUCCUCUCAUGGCACGAGAGUUCUACAACUCCGGCUCCACUACCCAAGUAACCGUUACCGAGAACUCCACGGCCUACAACAAAUACCGAAUCCGCCCCCGAGUCCUCGUCGACGUCUCCAACCUGGAUCUCACUCUCACGCUCUUUGAUCAGACCCUCUCCUUUCCCCUCGGCCUCUCCCCAACCGGCAUCCAAGCAAUGGCGCACCCCGACGGCGAACUCGCGACGAGUCGCGCUUGCGCCCGUCGCAACAUCCCCAUGGCCGUCUCCUCCUUCUGCACAUACCCGAUCGAAGACAUAACGCACGCCUCCAAAACCAUCAACCCAAUCCCCCACGCCAUGCAACUAUACACUCUCCGCGACCGCGAUCUCCAAAAACAAAUCAUCCAGCGUGCAGAAUCUGCAGGCUGCAAAGCCAUCUUUCUCACGGCCGACAGCCCCGUGCUCGGCGUACGAUACAACGAGCAGCGGAAUGACUUUCGCACUCCGGCUGGCCUAUCCUGGCCCAUGAUGGGCGUCACCUCCGAGGCAAUCCAGAGCCAGACCCACGACGCGGGGUUCGUCGCGACAAACUCUGACGCGCAUUCCUGGGCGAGGGAAAUCCCCUGGUUGCGAUCUGUCACGCGCAUGCAGAUCUGGAUUAAAGGUGUUCUUACGGCAGAGGAUGUACUGUUAGCAAGGGAGUACGGAUGUGAGGGCGUGAUUGUAAGUAAUCAUGGCGGGAGACAGUUGGAUGGCGUUGUUCCGACCAUCGAUGCACUGCCUGAGUGUGUCAAAGCCGCGGGGGGGAAGCUGCGCGUACACAUCGAUGGGGGGAUUCGGACGGGUGCGGAUAUGUUCAAGGCGUUGGCUUUGGGGGCGGAAUGUUGCUGGAUCGGGAGGCCCACGUUGUGGGGGCUGGCUUACGACGGCGAACAAGGCGUAACCCGUGUGCUCGACAUCCUAUACGAUGAAUUCAAGCGCUGCAUGCAAUUGACGGGGUGUCGUACUCUAGCGGACAUCUCCCCCGCGGCGCUGGCGAUCAUCCGGACUGAUGGGCCUGUGGCGAGGCUGUAGGAUGGACGGGAUGAUGUUUUUUUUUUUUGAGAUUUAGCUAGAUCUAUAAUCACUUGGGACAGAAGAGGAGGUG